UGGCGCUGUUUGCGUUUUGAACCCAACACCCCAAAAGAAGAAAUAGAUGCUAAUCCGAGGUUAGCUCUUGGCUCGUAAACACAUAAACAAACCUGCUUGGUCAGGACGGAGCUGCAGCGGGCCUCCUCUCUGUCUGACCCAGCAGGAGCAACAUGUCAGCGGAUACGAAGAUCGCUGAGCUGCUCACUGAGCUCCACCAGCUCAUCAAACAGACUCAGGAGGAGAGGUCACGCAGCGAACACAAUCUGCUGAACAUCCAGAAGACCCACGAGAGGAUGCAGACGGAGAACAAGACGUCUCCAUACUACCGCACCAAGCUGAGGGGCCUGUACACCACAGCGAAGGCCGAUGCAGAGGCUGAGUGCAGCAUCCUGCGCCACGCUCUGGAUAAGAUCGCUGAGAUCAAGUCUCUGCUGGAGGAGCGGCGGAUCGCUGCUAAGAUGGCUGGAGUUUACAGCGACAGCGACCCCCCCAGGAAGACCAUGAGGCGCGGCGUCCUGAUGACGUUGCUGCAGCAGUCGGCCAUGACGCUCCCGCUGUGGAUUGGCAAACCUGGAGAGAGCCCUCCUCCUCUGUGCGGCGCGAUCCCGGCCAGCAGUGACUACGUGGCCAAGCAGGGCGACAAGGUGGCGGCGCGGGUGAAGGCCGUGGAUGGAGACGAGCAGUGGAUCCUGGCCGAGGUGGUCAGCUACAACCACUCCACCAACAAGUAUGAAGUGGACGACAUUGAUGAAGAAGGAAAAGACAGGAGGCACACGCUGAGCCGCCGGAGGAUCAUCCCUCUGCCUCAGUGGAAGGCCAACCCGGAGACCGACCCGGAGGCGCUGUUCAGCAAGGACCAGCUGGUUCUGGCCCUCUACCCACAGACCACCUGCUUCUACCGAGCUCUGAUCCACACGCCGCCGCACAGGCCGCAGGACGACUACUCGGUUCUGUUCGAGGACACGUCGUACGCCGACGGAUACUCCCCGCCGCUCAACGUGGCGCAGCGCUACGUGGUGGCCUGUAAGGAGAACAAGAAGAAGUGAGGCUGCAGGCGACCGAACAAACUCAACGUUUCCAUGGAGCAUCACCUGCUGGCCAGUGCAGGAACUGCAGGGCGGAGAGUCUCUUAUUUACAUGUAAAUUGUUGCACAAAGUGUCCUGAUGAAACUCUGUUCUCAUGUCUGCAUUGAAGCUUUCUGAUGUUUUCAUAUUAAUCAUUUUAAAUAAAUAAUUUCAUCAGG